CACCCUGUGCUUAGGAACAUGAUGUUAAGUAAAUUAUAUUAUUUGUCUAGUACCAAGGUCUGGAUAUUUGAAAAUGUCUAGGUUACUAUUUUCAGCGCGUAGAUUAAUGCCGCAAAAAGAACUUUUGAUUGCCGGCACGAGCAUCGUUAAGCAAUUGAGAGGAAAAGCCUCCACGCCAAUGAACACAAUUGUGAUGUUUGUCCCACAGCAAGAGGCUUGGGUAGUGGAACGUAUGGGAAGGUUUCAUAGAAUUUUAGAUCCCGGUCUCAAUAUACUUGUACCCGUCGCCGAUAAAAUCAAAUAUGUGCAAAGCUUAAAGGAAAUCGCGAUAGAUGUACCCAAACAAAGCGCCAUAACAUCUGAUAAUGUCACACUCAGCAUUGAUGGCGUGCUUUACUUACGCAUUAUUGAUCCGUAUAGAGGUAUGCCUUACUAACUAUUACACAAUUCAUUAGAA